UGAGGCGAACGGAAGAAGAAGCAAAGCCUGAAAACUGUUAGGACUGUCCGGACUGUCCUCAUGACGAAGGAAAAGUCUGAGUGAAAAAGGAAAAUGAGCGGAAAAAACUGCCUGUAAUUAAAGUCACAAGUUGUCAUGUGUGCUGUGUAUAAUAGGAAGGAAGUGUCUGUGGAGUACAGUGCGGAUCUAUUGCCUUCUGUUCGCUGCUGCUCCUCUGCUGCAUUAAACUGGAACUAAACUGUAACUGAACUUUUAGAAAAUGGAGACGUUUGGGUCCUCAGGGGAUCCUCUAGGAUUUUAGGUAAUUCAUCGACAGAGGAGCUUUAAAAGCGAAAAUAUAUUUUUAAAAUGUAUUAGGAGGAUAAAUAGAACUAUGGCAGACAGAAGGACUUACAACGUCGUGAUUUUGGGUGUGGGAUUUCUGUUUAUUUUCACCGCCUUCACCACCUGUGGGAACGUGGAACAAACUGUGGUGAAAAGCCUGAAAAACUCAACUUUCAGUGGUAGUGGUUACCACAGUCUAGGGAUCAUCUAUGGGGUCUUUUCAUUCUCCAAUCUGCUUGCACCAACUGUUGUCACAGUAAUUGGAGCAAAACUGACCAUGUUUUUAAGUGGCCUACUUUACAGUGGUUACAUCGCAGUAUUCAUCAUGCCCUCUACUUGGUCAUUUUACCUGACAUCUGUUCUCAUCGGCGUAGGAGCAGCCUUGCUCUGGACGGCUCAGGGGUCCUUUCUGGUGGAAAACUCAGAAGCUUCCACUAUCAACAGGAACACCGGGAUGUUUUGGGCUCUUCUACAGUGCAGUAUGCUGUUUGGGAAUCUUUACAUUUACCUGGACUGGAAUGGAAAAUCUGAAAUAUCAGAGAGCAGCAGGAGGAACAUUUUUCUGUUCCUGUUGGUCGCUUCCAUUCUUGGCACUCUUAGCUUCUUGGUGUUGAGGACGAGCCACCAUGAAGAGGAAAUGCUGUCUGAAGAGGAAGGGCAGUCGCUGCUCUCAACUCGUACAAUGUACAAGAACAGGGCAAACACUGCCUUGCAGGAUACCAAGACUGAAUUCCAAACGAUCCUGCAGCUAUUGAAGACUAAAACUAUAAUACUUCUGAGUCCCUGCAUGGUAUACAGUGGACUUGAGCUGUCUUUCUACAGUGGAGUGUAUGGAACGUGCAUUGGAGCAACUGCUCACUUUGGAGAAGCAGCCAAAGGCUUGAUUGGCAUCUCUGGGAUUGUGGUGGGAAUCGGAGAAAUAGUAGGUGGAGGUCUGUUUGGACUAUUGUGCAAAAACAGUCGCUUCAGACGGACCUCAGUGGUGUUUCUGGGAAUGGUUGUCCAUUUUAUUGCUUCCUACUUGAUUUUCCUAAACAUCCCAGAGGAUGCGCCUGUCGUCUUUGAAUCCACCACCCAGAAAAAUCCAUUUCUAAGUCCAAGUGCAUCCAUUGCCCUGUUGUGCUCUUUCCUGCUUGGACUUGGAGAUAGUUGCUUUAACACGCAGCUCUACAGCAUAUUGGGUUAUGUUUACGCCGAACAAAGCAUGCCUGCUUUCGCCAUCUUUAAAUUCAUCCAGUCUGUGAGUGCAGCAGUGGCGUUCUUCUACAGCGGCUACCUUCUGCUGACGUGGCAGCUCCUGCUUCUGGUCCUCCUGGGUUUUAUUGGAACUCUCUGCUUCUUCGUAGUUGAGAGGAUGCAGGACUACUCCAUGGAUUCACAGGAUUAUUGAACAACAGGAGAUUGUGAUCAUAACCAUUUGUGUCCUGGAAACAAUUAUCCUGAAACAGUCCUGUAUUUUUAUAUUUAAUAAUGUAUUAUUCUAAUAAAGCAAU